UUUUUUCUGUUGCAGGUUGUUUGAAGUUCUUCAUUCUCACCUAGAAAUGACUGACUUGCAGGUUGUAGAUAAAAGUUUACGCUCAGUCUUUGUUGGCAAUAUCCCAUAUGAAGCCACAGAAGAGCAGCUGAAAGAGAUUUUUAGUCAAGUGGGUCAGGUUUUAUCCUUCAAGCUGGUUUAUGAUAGGGAAACUGGGAAGCCAAAAGGCUAUGGGUUCUGUGAGUACAGGGAUCAAGAAACAGCCCUUAGUGCCAUGCGAAAUCUUAAUGGCUUUGAGAUUGGAGGAAGAACUCUCAGAGUUGACAAUGCUUGCACUGAAAAAUCUCGCCUGGAACUUCAAAUUGAACCAGAGAAAGCUCCUGAAGCUAUUAGCAAGGCAGUUGCUUCACUUCCCCCUGAACAGAUGUUUGAACUCAUGCGACAAAUGAAAAUUUGUAUUCAGAAUAACCCUGCUGAGGCAAGGACUAUGCUCAUGCAGAAUCCCCAAUUGGCAUAUGCUUUGCUACAGGCACAAGUUGUGAUGCGUAUUGUGGAUCCUGAAGUUGCUGUGGUAAGUCCAGUGAUCCUAUCAUAUUAACUUGUCAUUCUUUUGAAAUUACACAUUCCUUGGAAAUAUAUAUAUAUAUAUAUAUAUAUCCGCUUCCAAAACGCACUCCAUCUCCAUGACGACUGCGACACGAGUGAUGUGAAGAUGGCAGAUCAAGGACAAAGAGAAGCACGAUGGAAGGAGAAACUGCUUCACGGCCAGCAUCCCAAGAUCAUGGAUAAACCAUCGAUCGACUCAGACGUCAGCUAUAACUGGCUGAAGAAGGGACUGCUGAAUGCCGAGCCAUUCAGGACCAGUGCAUUAGAACUCGUAACUACGAGAAACACAUCCUGAAGCUGGAUGUGGAAAACUGCUGCAGAUGCUGUCAUGGACCACCCAAAACGGUUCACCACCUCCUCAGUGCCUGCCCCGAACUAGCCCCGAGGCCUUACUUGUAUAGGCACGACCAGGUGUGCCUCCAAGCAAUCCGGCCUGGAAGUCCCAG